AUGAAUAAGUAUGGCUCCCACAGCAGUUUUAAAGGAAGCUCAGGGAGAGUCUCCCCUACACAGCUUUCUACAGGAGGCAAGACAGACACGGCCUCCUCCUCUUCCUCCUCCAGAUCUACCAGUCCCACCACCCAGCUCCUCAGCCCUAAAGAGGGGGUCACAGGACCCCCUUACACCCCUGGACCCCUCUAUACCACUGGGCCCCCCUAUACGUCGAACCCUAACACAACCCCUACACAGCAUGUCUUCAACAACGACAGCGUCAUUCAGUUGAUAUGCGUCUCAAAGGGAACAGGCCUGGGCCUCAUCAUCAAAGGCGGAGCUAACCGAGCCGAGGGACCAAUGGUGUUGAUUCAGGAAAUAGUACCUGGAGGAGACUGCCAGAGGGACGGUAGACUACAGCCAGGAGACCAGCUGGUGUCGAUUAAUAAGGAGUCGUUAAUCGGAGUGACCUAUGAGGAGGCUAGAAGUAUCCUGACACGCACCAAACUCAGACCAGACCCUACGGUGGAGAUAGCAUUUAUGAGACACAGGUCUUCCUCCAGCUCUGCUUCCUCCAGCAGUGGCCCCCAGAGCCCUAUCACCCCCCAGGGCCCAGCCAGCGGAGCCCCCGCAGUGCCCUCCACCAGGAGAGAGACCCUGGCCGUGUUGGGGGCCCUGCCUCCCCCUGCAUCACUGCUCCAGCACAGGAGAACCACACUCCCUGCAGCCCUCCCUGGGGCUCUCCUGGUGGUGCCCAAGAUCACCUCCACCCCCAACCCCGCCAGCGAGACCCUGCCUUCUGUCAACCUUAGCCAGGUUCGAAUGAGGACAGAACAGACGUGUGUCUCCUCCCCCGCUCAGAGUCCCAGCACCACAGAUGCCAAGCCUGAAUCCUACCCUACCUGUCAGCCAAUCAGCAGCCAGCACACACCACACAGGAAGUGCUCCCUCAGCUCCAUCUGUCGCCUCAAACUGGAGAGGCUGGAGCAGGCUCUGGAUGCAUUGGGACUGAAUCCUACAGAGGCACAGAGACAGACGUUGAGGGCCAGACUACGAACAGACCCUGCUGGGACAGUGGCCUAUGCAGACUUUGAGACACUGACGCGGGAGCUGUUCAAGCUGCAGUUUGAGGAGUCAGGGGUCGGAGGUCAAGGCUCAAGGUUCAUGUCAGAUGACCUCUCCAGUCUCCUAGAGUCACCCACCAACACGCCUUCACUGUCUGACUCUGAUGACCUGGAAGAGAUGGAGAGACUGAGGAAAGACCACAUCGAGGCUCUGAGAGAGAUCAAGAAACUACAGGAGCAGUUGGCAGAGUCAGAGAGACUUCACCUGCAGAUGCAGGAAGAACUGAACAGGGUCAAACAGGAGGUAAGGUCUGGGACGGAUGAGAGCCGUGCUCUGCGGAGCCGGAUCCACCUGGCUGUAGCAGCCCAGAAGCAGGCCAGGGGGAUGGAGAUGGAUUAUGAGGAGGUGAUCCAUCUCCUGGAGGCUGAGAUAGCCGAGCUCAAGACCCAGAGGACCGAACAGCAGCAGCCGGGCCAGGCUAAGGAUGAGGCGGAGGAGCUGAAGAAGAGAGUGGCCGUUCUGGAGUGUCAACUACGGAAGAACGAGGGGAUUAAAAAGGGCUUUGAGGUGUCCAUGGGUAAACUGCUCAACUUCGUGGAGAAUGUCCAAGACUUCCUCAUUGAAAACCAAGGUCCCGUGAAGAGCUAUAGCUCUGGUGACGUGAAGACCGGCGCCUCCUCUCAGCCCCUGGGAGCCUGCGUGGGGAAGAAGUCCCAGUGGACGACGGCUACGCUAGCCGCAGAGGCUAAAGAACUCACACGGACUGUUAGAGCCAUCCUGGAGGUGGACUGUAAGUGAUCUGUCAUCUCGACUCGUCGUGUUACGAAUCGACUUGCUGCAUGCCUGCAUGUCGUCUCUAUCCCUGGUCUAGCAUGCAAAUCCAAUCAGCUCAACAGACACCGAAUCACCACCGUAGUUUCAAAACCAACUAAAACGAACUGGAUAACAGACACCAAACCAACCAAAUCACCUCCAUAGUUACUAAGCCAACCAAAACCAACUGCAUAACCGACAUCAAACCACCUAGUUGCUAAGCCAAGUAAAACCAACCGGAUAACCAAAACCAAUCAGCUCAUCAUACACCAAGCCAACCUCCAUAGUUACCAAGCCAACCAAAACCAACUGGAAAACAGAUACCAAACCACCUCUGUAGUUACUAUACACACAACCUCAAUAGUUGUUUUUUAGUGGAGCAGCCUGUAAGAAAAUGAACGACAUCCUUGCACUGGAGUAUCAGACAGCAGAAUAAGAGACAAUACAGCAGCUAAGCAACCUCGAGAUGUUCCAGCCUCUGUGUCCAGUGGAGUUGAAUGAACCAGGGACUGACUCAGUGUUAAGCAACCUCGAGAUGUUCCAGCCUCUAUGUCCAGUGGAGUUGAAUGAACCAGGGACUGACUCAGUGUUAAGCAACCUCGAGAUGUUCCAGCCUCUGUGUCCAGUGGAGUUGAAUGAACCAGGGACUGACUGAGUGUUAAGCAACUUCGAGAUGUUCCAGUCUCUGUGUCUAGUGGAGUUGAAUGAACCAGGGGCUGACUGAGUGCUAAGCAAUCUCGAGAUGUUCAGCCUCUGUGACCAGUGGAGUUGAGUGUUCCGUCCAUAUUUACUCACAUUUUCUCUGUAGUCAUCGUCUAGUGGACGGACAGACUGAUCUUUCAUGCGACAUGAAAUGCAAUACAAUGCAAUGUUCGCAAUGUUCUACUUCCUAUAGAUGUGUUUUGAAUGAUAUUUUUUCUCCAGAAUUGUACCAGUGUAUCUAGAAAUGUACAAUAAGACCUUAGUCAAUACAAAAACAUCAUCAUACAUACACCUGUGGUCAUCAUACAUACACCUGUGGUCAUCAUACAUACACCUGUGGUCAAGUCAGUAGCUAACCAGCAGUGUUGGGUAGUAAAUCAAAUAAAAGUGUAUUG